GAUUUCGCCUGACGUUUGGAAAAUUUGUUUACAUUUAAUCGCCGACUGGUGUUUACUCCGCGACACGCCACAGAAACGGAACGAAGCCAACGAAUCACAGAUUAUCUUCUAUUGAUUAAACUGUAGUCAAUCUGUUGAUCUUUCCUUUGAAUAAGCUCUCCCAUUCGUAAUGUCGGACGAGGAAGUGAUUCGACGCCGCUUGCAAAUCGAUGGCGAUGGCACAGGAGACGACCGCCGUUUGAAUGAUCUGCUGAAAACCUUCGUCAAGUGGUGCAAUUCUUCGGACAGUCCAGAAAACAGUCAAGCCAUCCACGAUCGAUUGCUCGCCCAGUUGGCUCAAUGCGAAUUUGCAAUGAAAAAGUCGGAUUUCUCUGCCCGGGUAAUGGAGCAGGAGCUGAAGAACUAUGCCACAAUCUCCGACACCAUCGAAUCGGGAAUCGAAACAGCUAAAACACAAAUCGUCCAGAGCAAACAGAACCUGGUGUUGGCCAAGAAAAUCCGCAAAAACCGUAUGGAGUACGAUGUGUUGGCCAAAAUCAUCAGCCAGCAGCCUGACCGGAAGAACACAAUCAAGGAGCUGGAAACGCUGAAGCAGGAAAUGGAUCAACUGCAGGAGAAGAAGGCAGUUCUCGAGCGCAAGCUGGAAACAAAGAAGAAGGACUUUACCGUUCUGAUGCGAUCGAUCGUCGAGCUGCAGAACAAGCUGGACGCGAUCGAGGAGGAUUGCCAAGAUAUCGUCGAGGACAAAAUGUCGUGCGACGAUGAACCGAUUAUUGUAAGUGAUACGGUUAUGAUCGACGAUACUGAAAACGAAUCGCCGAGGAAGAGUUGAGUUCAGCUGGUAUUAUAGGAAUAGUCGUUAGGGUAAAACGUCCUCAUCAAAAAUAAACGAAUCUAAAACAAUUUUAUUUUCAUCUGAGACGUUUUUGGAAGACGCCGAAAAGUGAACGAAAUGCGAGUUGUUCGUUCAAGAAUAUCGUCGAGUCAAACUAGGUAACCCACUUAAAAAAAAGCUAUAUUGCAGUAGAAUAUACAUUUUCAUCUAUCAAA